AUGGAGCCUAGGCAGGCGGACGUGUCCGUCCCACUGCGGUCCUCCGGGCGGGGGCGGCCCCCCCCGGCCCCCGGUCCGACGCAGCCCCGGGACUACGUGCUCUGGUCGGUGUUCAGUGUGCUGCUGCGGUGCGCGGGAGGUGGGCUGGGCUGCCUCGGCUUCCCCGCGCUCGUCUGCUCCGUCGUGGCCCGUGACUGCAAGUUGGUGGGGGACCUGGAGUGUGCCCGGCGUCACGGCGACCGCGCCAGGGUGGCGAACGUCAUCUGCUCCCUGGUGGUCGCCGUCGUCGUGGUGAUCAUCAUCAUCAUCGUCGCCGCCAUCGUCAUCUCCACACACAGGACCACCCUGAGUCCCAAAGGUGCUGCCGAGGGGGGCUCUGGCCUGCCCAGCACACCUGGAGGGUGGGGCUGGAGGUACCUGUGCCGGCCAGCGCCGUGGUGGUCCUCGGAGUGA